GAAGGCUGUAAUAGAAUACACGCGCUAAAUAUUGUGUUUUCUAUUUGAAUUGUGUUUAAAUAAUAUAAAUUAGUAGUUAAGUGAUAAUUUACAAUGAAAAUACAAAUAUCACCAGCCUUAUUAAGGCAGUAUGCUAUUGUAUUAUCUGUAAAUCUCAGUGUCCUGGCAACUGGAGUAAGCUUGGGGUGGCCAUCGCCCAUGUUAGUUAAGCUGCGAGAUCCAGAGAAAACUCCUCUAUCACGACUUAUCACCGUCAACGAAGGUUCAUGGGUGGUGUCCUUGGGAAUUCUGUUUGGUGCUGGGUCAAAUUUAAUAGGAGGACACGCUUUGGACAUCUUUGGAAGAAAACUAAGCAUAUUAGCAUUGUCAAUACCAAGGUUGUUAGCUUCAGUACUCUUAAUUUUUGCUACAGAAGUAUGGAUGGUUCUUGUGGGAAGAACUGUUAUGAUGAUGUCAGAUUCAUUUGUACUGGUUGUCAUUCCAAUAUACGCAGCCGAAAUAGCCAGUAAAAAUCAUCGAGGUGCAUUAGGCACGUUGCUUCAAGUAUUUUCAUCGUUAGGAAUUGUGAUAUCAUUAGCUAUUGGUCCAAACGUGUCUUACAGCGUCAUGAGUUAUAUAUUAUGUGGAUUUGUUAUACUAGCAAUUCUACCAGUAAUUUUUAUACCGGAAAGUCCAUAUCAUGUUUACUCUAAAGGAAGAACCGAGGACGCACUUAAAAUCUUGACUUUAAUCCGUGAAUCUGAGAUGCAAGCCAAAGAGGAACUAGCGGAUUAUAAAUUAACAAUUGACGAUAAUUUUGACAAAAUAGCAAUCUUCAAAGACAAGAUAUUCGUUAAAGCUUUACUAUUAACCCUACUUAUUUUCGGAGGCGCGCAACUGAUUGGUUUCAACGCUGUGUCAUUUUAUUUACAAACUAUAUUGAUAUCAACUAAAACUGAUAUAAUGCCCGAAGUCGCUUCAGCUAUUAUAGGUGUUAUACAGUUUAUAUCUAGUCUAUUUGUUACUACGAUCACGUCAUUAUUUGGGAGGAAGUCGAUUUUGUUGGUAUCAAUAGCUGGAAUGUUCGCAGGGAUGAUUGGCUUGGGAGUUUUCUUUCAAAUAAGUUCACCGGACGUCCAUGUUUCUGGGUUUAUGAACUAUUUACCGAUCAUCUCUUUAAUAUUAGUUGUCAUCUGCUAUAGCGCUGGUCUUGGUGCGAUUAUGUGGCCAAUCACCACGGAACUAUUUGAAGGCCAAACCAGAGCUUAUGGCGUUUCAAUUGGACUAUUUUUCUGCCAAGUAGUGAUGUUCUUGACAACAAAAUAUUUCUCGUCAAUGACUGCCGCGCUUGGCCCGGCAUCGACGUAUUGGCUGUUCAGUACAAAUUGUGUUAUCUGUGCAGUUUUAAUUGGUUUAUUUUUGCCCGAAACUAAAGGGAAAAGUUUCUCAGAAAUUCAACAGGCUCUAGGGAAAAUGGAAGCUAUAGAAAACGUUGCUUGUUAAUGGUUUCAGGCUAAGCCUGCAUGUAACUCAUAAUAUUAUGCCAAUGCCGCUUGUAGAACUUCAUUGUGAAAGAGAAGUUUUCCUUCAAGCUGAAGAUUAAUCCCCUUAUUCAUAAUGGUUCGCUAACUUAAACCAGCCGCUAAGGAGUGAUUUUUCUCAUUCUGACUUAGAUCAAUAGAAGAAGACAGAGUAAGAAUUAGCAAUGAUUUAAGUUAGCAGACUAUUAUGAAUAAGGGGGUAAGUAUAUUAAAUAAUUUGAAAAUUGUUAUUCCGUAUUGGUUUUGAGAGAAAAGUAUAAGAUAGAAAACAGAGAAUUUGAAUGUUCGUAGAUAUUAAAUUUGUAAAUUCAUCUUUACCUCACUCUGUAGGUCUAUUUUGGAUUGGUGCUAGUCGUUAUAGUCAGCUAUCCGUUAUUCUGUUGUGACGAAGUAGCUAAUCACAAACCAAUAAAAGUAAUCAUAAUGAAAUUAUUACGUAGGUAGUUAUGUAUUAGUAAAUCUUUGUUUGGUGAAAUGUGGCUUCCAGGUUUAGUUUUAACUAUAUUAUCUUGUUUUGUUUUAAUUCUUUGCUAAGCCUUAAAACCUAAGCCUAGGAUGUCUAUGUAUAAAAAAAUCUGUUACUUGUGAUAUACAAGAAAGGAUAGUAUAUUUAUUUUUCAAAUUAUAUUUGUGCAUGAAUUUAUCACUUAGAGAUAAACUUUUGACGUACAGUUUCACAGAUCUGCUGUGACAUUAUUUCAUUACAAAAAUUACCAGUACAUUAAAUACCACCUAUUUGUUCUAUAAGUAUUUCAAUGGCUGACAUUUUUACAAAUCGUUUUAUAGCAAGUGUAGUGUACUGACAUCUAGUCUUAACAGGCUAUGUGUUAACUAUCAUUGUCACUGUCACGACAUCGACAGUGCCGUUAACCGUGUGACGUUGAGUGCUAUAUAAGGAAUGCACAGUACAGCGGAAGGCCUGUUCUAAUCGGCUGUUGGUUGCGUGCGGAUGUGUCCGGGUGUAGUGCUACAUAGUAAAGAUUAGUUGUUUCAAUCAUGAGCAAACGAUGAACAUUACAGUAAGCAUCCAUGACAUUGCAUUUCAAGAAAAGCUCAAAAGAGACAUUAAAAUGGGACAAAUGUAGAAUAAAGUUGAGUUUCAACAGAUGAAUAGAAGUGGUCGUUUGAAAAGAUUUAGGCAUUAUAAUUAUAAUCGUUGAAGGUAUCUAUAAUGUGUAUAAGAACUCUAUUGUAAAUAUGUGUAGAGAUAAAUAUUUGUGUUUGUAUAGGUACGUCUUGUAUUUGUGACUAUUUUACUCUUUUUUUUAAUCUCACUCAUACAAUCUCUUUUAUUAUUAAAUAAGAAAUGUCAAAUCAAAUAAACUUUUGAUUUCAAAAUGAUGUAGCUUGAUGGUUAAGCAUACUCUUACGGCCUUACAAAUAAACUUGGUAUAAAGUUAUACACGUUGGUUUAUACCAAGAAUAUGCUAAAUGUUUAUGGUUGGUUUAUUCGGACGUAUGUUUCCCGCGUUUAUUUGCAAGCUUAGAUUUCAAAGUAUGCAAGCCUGCCUGACAUUGGGAAAACUUCAGAAUUAUCAUUGUAUUGACAGUGUUGUCAUCGAUCAACAUUUUCUACGUAAGUAUCCAUCCUUACUCUGUGGUACACUGCUCAUACAAUAAUUUUGGUCCCAAAUGAUAUGGUGCUACCUAGAUCCCAACAGCUAUGACGCGAAAUAAAGGGUAUGUUCCGAUAUGCACUGCGACCACUGUACAGUGUGACGUCAAUUUAGUAUACUGUUAAGCCGUUCCUUUAUAGCCAGUUAUACUGGUUACUAUUUAAAACGGAACACAAUCCCGUAUACUGUCAGCCGCAUUUUUUUACGCAGCAUUCAAAUGAGUGUAUUAAAGUUUUCUAGUUCUUAAAAAAAAACUGUUGUUGGAGUACUGUCAAAUUAAAAAUAUUUGGUAUUAAACUGUAGGUAUUGUUUAUAAAACGUUAGGCACUCGAGUGAUUUUGGCUGAUCACGUGAUCAAAGUACUGCGAGUGCCUUACCUCGAAAAUGCCAGUCCUCACUGUUGAAUAUGGCGGCGAUUUAUGACGUCAUAUAUUUCCCUAGGAUACUGCGGCAGUAUACUGGCAGUCCAUAACGGAACGAAUAUUUCUACAGUGAUAGCACUGUGCAGUGCUCGCAGUGCAUAUCGGAACAUACCCAAAAUAAUUAGAAUGCACGCCGACAGAUGUCGCAGGCAAGGUUACGAAUAUAAUAUAAUGAUGGGUACAAGCUUAGAAUGUACAAGGCUAUGAUUAUGUUGUCAUAAUGACACCUCUUCUUAUAACGUUUUCGACGAGGUCAGAACGUACUUUGUCCCGUUUAAAAGUUAAAGGUCCGCCACAGGUUAACCUCAAACCUCCGUUAAGAUGGUGUUAAAGUUACAGUUCACUCGAAUGAAUGCUUAAUUUUGUAACACUCAUUAGUUAGAAUGACAUAACUAUAUGAACAUAUUAUAUAUAAUAUGAAGCUAAACUAUCAACUUGCAUAGUCAAAUCCAUUAAAACACUUUCUGACCAACAGAGUUAUUCACAUAUGGAAUAAAUUGCCCAAGGAUGUGGUUAUGUCAAGAAUUGUUAAUAUGUUGUAUAAUUGUUAAUAAUAGGAAAUAAUAAAAAUAGACUUAGUCUCCAACUAAUAUUUUUAUUGAACUCUGUGUCUUAGCCCUGGUUAAAAAUGUUGAUUGAAAAGGAUUAAAAAGGAUGAAAUAUGAAUACUUUUGAAUACUUUCAAUUAUUUUGCAUGUAUAUAUAGAUAUUAUGGAGUCUACAUGGAGUGACUGAUUCGCAAUACUUUUCAAUCAAUAUAUUUAACCAGGGAGAGUACGACAUACAUAAUACUUAACAAUUAUUAAGAUUAUAUACACAUAUUAGUAAAUAACAACAUUUAAAUUAAUCACAGGCGCCGCCCAACCGUCACGCAACAUUUGAGACGAUGUAAUUAAAGAUUCACUUUAAUAAUAAUAGAAAAUAACAUUCUCAUCUCUUGGGUCUUUUGAGCUGAAGUAUUGUACUGAACGUACUCGUGUUUAGUUUGAGUGAAUGAAUGAUGCUGUGAAUGAAAAUCUGACACCGUUUGAACGGAUUGAAUUCAUUCAGCACUAUUUUAUUAGGUUUUCAAAUAUUUCCAAUGAAAGGUGCCGUAUGAAGGACAGUAAUGAAUCACACGGUAGCGCCUAAACUCACGGGUGUCACUCAUAAAGAGUUUUUAAAGUCGCCAUAACUCUUUCGGACCAUGACUAUGACUACCCUUAGACCCUGCCCUUAGAUCGGAUUUGAAAGAAACCCACUCACAAUGAUUAUGGUGCUCAAAUCCUAACCUGCGCAAUUGCCAAAUACCAUUAAUUAAUUUAUAAUUUAUUAUAAUUACAAACAUUGUUCUUGAUGCUAUCAAUAAAUUAACAUUGUCGGUCUCAAAACCAGAAACAAAGAGGCAUCUUUAAUGUAUUAAAUUCCUCUGGAUGGCUCACUAGGAAACCCUGUGUAGAACCAUCCAGUGAUUACCGUCUGCUUUGUAAUUUUAUUAAAUGUUAUUAUUGAAUAAAAUAGAACUGAAACUAACAA